AUGAGGAACCAAUCAAUGGAAAUAAAAUUUAUUCUCUUAGGAUUGACAGAUGAUCCACAAUUGCAAACUGUGAUUUUCCUGUUUCUGUUUCUUAACUACACAUUGAGUUUGAUGGGGAACAUAAUCAUCAUCCUUCUUACCCUGCUGGAUCCCCGCCUCAAGACUCCAAUGUAUUUCUUUCUUCGUAAUUUCUCCUUUUUGGAAAUCAUAUUCACAACAGUGUGUAUUCCCAGAUUCUUAAUAACCAUUGUGACUAGAGACAAAACCAUUUCUUAUAAUAACUGUGCAGCUCAAUUAUUUUUUAUCCUUUUAUUGGGAGUCACUGAGUUUUACCUUCUGGCGGCCAUGUCCUUUGACCGCUAUGUUGCUAUCUGCAAACCACGACAUUACCCCAUCAUCAUGAGCAGCAAAGUGUGCUACCAACUUGUACUCAGCUCUUGGGUAACUGGAUUCCUCAUCAUCUUCCCCCCAUUGGUCAUGGGACUCAAGUUGGAUUUCUGUGCUUCCAAAAUAAUUGAUCACUUUAUGUGUGAAACUUCUCCUAUCCUGCAGAUCUCCUGCACAGAUACACGUAUCCUAGAACUGAUGUCUUUCAUCUUAGCUGUGGUGACACUUGUGAUCACACUGGUGUUAGUGAUUCUCUCCUACACUUGCAUUAUUAAGACCAUUUUGAAAUUCCCGUCUGUACAGCAAAGAACCAAAGCAUUUUCCACCUGUGCUUCCCAUUUGAUUGUUGUCUCCAUGACUUAUGGUAGCUGUAUCUUCAUGUAUAUUAAACCAUCUGCAAAAGAAAGAGUGACUGUAUCCAAAGACAUAGCUUUACUUUAUACCUCAAUUGUCCCUUUACUAAAUCCCUUCAUUUACACUCUAAGGAACCAGCAGGUGAAAGAUGCCUUCUGGGAUGUAGUGCAAAAGAAUUUGUGUUUUUCAAAAAGACCAUUAUAA